AUGGCAUGGGAGAACCACUCAGUACUGAUGGACUUUGUGUUCCUGGCUUACCCCAACUGCCCAGAGCUGCAAAUACUGUGCUUUGUAGGCAUCGGCUUGGCUUAUGCAUUGAUCAUCUCUGGGAAUGUCCUCAUCGUGGUCUCCAUCCAGACAGAAGACCGCCUACACACGCCCAUGUACUAUUUCCUGGGCGGCCUCUCAGGGGUAGAACUAUGCUACACUGCAGUGGUGGUGCCCCACAUCCUGGCCAACACUCUACACUCAGAGAAGACCAUCACCCUGCUGAGCUGCGCCACUCAGAUGGUUUUCUUCAUUGGCCUCGGCAGUGCUGAUUGCUUCCUCCUGGCUUCUAUGGCCUAUGAUCGAUAUGUUGCCAUCUGUCACCCUUUGCAAUACCCUCUCAUCAUGACUAUAACUCUUUGUGUCCGCCUGGUUAUGGCUUCUGUGGUCAUCGGCUUGUUCUUAUCUGUACAACUUGUGGCCUUCAUCUUCUGUCUGCCGUUCUGCCGGGCUCGGGGAAUUGAGCACUUCUUUUGUGAUGUGCCACCAGUGAUGCGUCUUGUGUGUGCCACCAGCCACAUCCAUGAGCUUUCUGUGCUGGUGGCAGCCACGCUAGCCAUUGCUGUGCCUUUCUUUUUCAUAGCUACCUCCUACGCCUUGAUAGUGUCCACCGUGCUCAAGCUACAGUCAGCAGCUGGCCGCAGCAGGGCCUUCAGCACCUGCUCCUCACACCUCACUGUGGUGCUGCUGCAGUACGGCUGCUGCGCCUUCAUGUACCUGCGCCCCAACUCCAGCUACCACCCCAAGCAAGAUCAGUUCAUCUCUCUGGUAUACACACUGGGAACCCCAUUUCUCAACCCCCUUAUUUACACACUGAGGAACAGUGAGAUGAAAGGGGCCAUAGGUAAGGUUCUUUCCAGGAGCUGCAUCCCCCCAAAACAGAUAGAAUAA